ACAAUACUUCCUCUUUCCCGGAAAAGCCAUGACGUAAUGUUUUCUCGUAACACCCUACCAUAAAAGGAAAUUUCGAAUAGACUGAGACAACCUCAGUAGUUUCUCCGAGACAGCUGCUAGAUGCACUCUGACGAUACUUCAUUGAUCGCGUUCAAGUUUCAUUCUACCUUUCCUCGACCUUCCCAAGUUUAAAUUACGAAAGAUUGAUGGCCGAUUCACACAGCCAUCAUGAUUUAGACUACCUCACUUCACUGAGUACCCAUUUCAGUCGCCUUCCUAACUUUGGAAGUGAGCCUGGACAGGAAAAAUAUGAUGUCGUAGCUGCGAUCGACUUUGGAACGUCGUUCAGUGGAUUUGCUUUCUCAUUUAAUCACAGAGACGGAAGUGAGGAGAUUUACAUGAACAGAGAAUGGGGGAGCGCACAGGGUUAUUCUACCCUCAAGACUCCGACAUGUUUACUACUGAACCCGUACAAGAAAUUCGUUAAGUUUGGUUUUGAAGCUGCCGAGAAAUAUGCAGAACUGGAGGAUGCAAAGGACAAGAAGUUUUACUGCUUUGAUCGUUUUAAAAUGAUGCUGCACGGUAGUGAGGCAACAUUGAAUAGAAACAGUCUCCUGCAUGCCCGGAACGGGAAACCUAUGCGUGCCCUCGACAUCUUUUCAAAAGCUUUGGCUUUUCUGAAAGACAAGGCUCUGGAGAGAAUACAUAAACAGAGCGGAGUGGAGUACACAGCUAAAGAGGUACGAUGGGUUGUCACUGUCCCAGCAAUAUGGAAGCAAUCAGCCAAGCAGUUCAUGCGAGAAGCAGCUUAUGAGGCGGGCCUUUCUUCUUCGAUCAACUCCGAUCAAGUGAUUAUCGCCCUAGAACCAGAAGCGGCGGCAGUUUACUGCAGACAACGAAAACUAAGAGAGUUUGUGGAAGAGAAAGGCGACGAAAUAGUAAAGGACACUCUGGUUCCUACAAAGACACAGUACCUGGUAAUUGACAACGGAGGAGGAACAAUGGAUAUAACUGCCCAUGAAAUUGAAGACGGUGACACCAUUAAUGAAAUCUACCAUGCUACUGGUGGCGAGUUUGGAGGCACCAAAGUCGACAAGGAAUUCCAAGAUCAACUGGAUCAAAUAUUUGGAAAGAUAUUCAUGAAUGAAUUCCGCCGAGCUCAUCCAUCAGACUGGCUGGAGCUAAUGAAUGAUUUCGAAGUCAAGAAGCGUUCAGACCGCGUCAUGACAGGAGAAAUUACGAGGAUCAGACUUCCAGCCAACUUCAUCAACCUUUUGAGACAUGAAAGUGAAGGUAACUACAAUGCAAUCAUUAAGAAACACUUGGGAAAAGAUUACGACGAUGAAGAAGUUAAAAUCUCGAAGGACUACCUCUGUCUUGGGCCAAGAACAAUGAAACGAUUGUUUGAACCAGCAAUCACUUCCAUUGUUGACCAUUUAAAAGAUCUUCUCAAGGAAAAAGACCUGCGAGAAGUCAAGCUUUUGUUCCUCGUUGGUGGUUUCUCUGAGUCUCCACUACUACAAGCCAGAAUACGAGAAGUGUUUAACAGAAAAUACAGCAUCCUCAUCCCAAAUGACGCCCAAACUGCAGUGGUGAAAGGCGCUGUAAUGUUCGGAAAGCGACCUGAAAUCGUGGUAGAGCGAUGUCUUUCUGAGACUUACGGUACGGAAAUCUACCAAGAAUUCAUUCCACAUUACCACGACUUCAGGAAAAUGGUAAUGAUCGAGGGUGAAGCGAUGUGUAAAGACAUUUUCUCCAUUCUGGCCAAAGAAAAUGAAAAAGUCAAACGAGGACAGUACAAGAAAACGUUCAAAUACAAUCCUGUCAGGCGAUCCCAAACAGCAGUCAGUUUCAGCUUUUACACUUCUCGUACACCAAACGUUCGCUACAUCACAGACGAGGGAGUCAGAAAACUACCUGGCUACUUUACAGUGGCAAGUCCUGAUACAUCAAAAGGCACAAACCGCAGCAUAGAGUUACGACUGUAUUUCGAGACCGAAUUGAAAGUGGUUGGGAUGGACCUCGAAACAGGAAACCAAGCAUCUACUCACAUUGACUUCCUGUCGCAAGUGGUGUAAUAAAAGGAGUUCUGCAGAUGAGAAAUUCAGCGACCUGAGCUAUUGCUCUCACGUUAAACUCAUUAUCUUUGUUUGGAACGAAAUCAGUUAACAGAAAGACCUUGAUGUUACUCACGACAAUCUACACCUAAUAGCGUAUCCAAACUGUAGUUUAAAGUUGACGUAUCAUUAUGCAUUGAUUGUUAAGUUGAGGAAAUUUGGAACUCAUUGUAGUUUACGGAUUAACGCAUAAUUUGCAAAUGCUUCUUUCCAAGUGUAGACAUCAAUAUAGACAGUAGAACAGAGGUGUGGCAAAAUUAUGACAUGAGCACGAACAAACACUGGUAUCAUCAACGCUCUUGUCUUACGGUUUAAUACAACCAGAUUAAAUUUUCAUUCAUGAA